AUGAGCUCUGGCCAACAACAACAACAACAGAAAGUGGUGGUGGCCGAAGGGUUAAGGAGCGAAGAUCCCGUGCAGGCCCCGCGUCAUCCACCAUGGUACCCACCAACGCAUAAUGAUGGAAAAGGUCUUAAUGUACUUAAUUCACUCACAGAAACUGUGGAACCAUUCGCCCCGCGUGUAGGACGAUUUGUGCGUUGGUAUACCUGUGGACCUACAGUAUAUGAUGUCUCGCAUAUGGGACAUGCCCGUGCAUAUCUUACUUUUGAUAUUUUGCGUCGUAUCAUGGAGGAUUACUUUGGAUAUAAGGUUCUGUAUCAAAUGAAUAUUACAGAUAUUGAUGAUAAAAUUAUUAAGAGGGCUCGUAUUGGUGCUCUACUAAAACGUUUCCGUGAAGAGACAUUGCAGGGAUCUGAUUUUGCGAAACUUGUUUCCUUCACAAAAGAAGCGCAAGCAGCAGCAGAAGCUUCACUUGCCGCUUUGGCACAACGUUUAUCAGAGCCUAUUCCAGAGACAGCGCCAAGUAGAGCCAAAUCCGAACGAGAGGAAAAGUUGCUGGAACUUGAUCUAAAAAAGACACAAUUUCAAGAAGCAAAAGAACGUAUUGCGGCAGCUAUUUCUUCUGGAGAUUUUGAUACUCUUUUCAAGGCGGCCUCUGGUGUAAAUGGUGACCUUCUUGAUGUGCGAGAAGGACAUGCUGUGAUAGAUCAGAGUAUAUUUGAACAACAUGCCCGUGAGUAUGAACGUCUGUUCUUUGAAGAUAUGCAACGUCUUGGUAUUCGAGAACCUGAUGUAGUUACACGAGUCACAGAAUAUGUUCCACAGGUUAUUGAGUUUAUUCAGAAGAUUAUGGAUAAUGGAUUUGCCUACCGUGGAACUACAUCUAUAUUCUUUGAUACCGUUGCCUUUGCAAAGGCUGGUCAUGAUUAUCCAAAGUUGAAGCCUGUAAGUGAUCGAGAGGAACGUAAUGCGACGGAGGCGGAGAUGGCAGAGGGAGAAGGAGCGUUAAGUUCAGUCGUAGCAGGAGAGAAACGGGCUCCAAAUGACUUUGCCUUGUGGAAAUUCUCAAAACCGGGAGAACCACGUUGGGAAUCUCCUUGGGGUGAUGGAAGACCUGGAUGGCAUAUUGAAUGCUCCGUAAUGGCAUCAGAUAUACUUGGGAAAAAUAUGGAUAUACACAGUGGAGGGUGGGAUUUAAAAUUUCCACAUCAUGAUAAUGAAUGUGCACAGAGUGAGGCCUGUCAUCUGGAGCAACAAUGGGUUAAUUACUUCCUUCAUUGUGGUCAUUUACAUAUUAAGGGAUUGAAAAUGAGUAAGAGUUUAAAGAAUUUUAUUACCAUUCGCCAGGCAUUGGAUGAGUUGGGAGUCACGCCACGUGCGAUGCGACUCUUAUUUCUUUCAAAUCAUUGGAGUAAACCUAUGAAUUUUUCAGAUCAAAGUAUUGAUGAGGCAAAAGAACGUGAACGUGUACUUCGGGCAUUCUUUGGAAGUGUAGAUAUUGUACUACGUAAAGAUUAUUGGUCAGAUACACAAGGAUUUAAUGAACAUGAUCGAAAUCUCACUGAAACAUGGAUAGAAGUAGAGGAUAUUGUACAUACGGCGUUACAGAAUAACUUUGAUACUCCCACAGCAAUGGAUGCCAUUAUGCGUUUGGUGAGUACAACAAAUCAAUAUCUUCUUACGGGUGAAAGACCAAGUGCAACCUUAGUACGUAAGGUAGGCCGUUAUGUUACUCGUAUCUUGCAGGUAUUUGGUCUGGUGGAAGGUACAGACGCUAUUGGAUUAACUGAACAACAACAACAAGGCAAAGAUGAUCGUCUUGUUACUGUAAUGGAUGCCCUUUUGCGAUUUCGUGAUGAGGUGCGGGAUGCGGCGAAAGCGCAGGGGAGCGGCGGUGUGUUUCUUCCCUUGUGUGAUGCCGUGCGGGAUGAGUGGCUUGUGCAGGCGGGGAUUCGCAUUGAGGAUAACCCGGCGGGUCCCACCACGUGGAAAAGCGAUGACAGAGAAGUACUCAUGCGGGAAAUGGCAGAACGCAAAGAACAACAAUGUUUAGAACAGCGAAAGAAACUUGAAAAUCAAAUUGAAACAAAACGUAAAUUAACGGAGAAGUGGCGGCAGUAUACAUGUACACCCUUAAUGUACUUUCAGGAGCGGGAAGCGGCAAAGGCGGUGGAGGGGAGGAUUUACGCCGAGUUCAGUACAGAAACCGGAUUACCAACAAAACUUACAACGGGUGAAGUGGUGAAUGAGAAGGAGCAAAAGAAGCUUUCUAAGGAACUUGCAAAGUACACUAAAACAUAUGAGGACUUUAUCGGAAGGGGUGGUAUACCUUGGUUAGAAGAACAAGAAAAGGAACUGGUGGAGCUUCGAAAAACGCUGGAGAAUCUCUCUUAA